AUGUCCUCAACUAACGAGGAGGACCCCUUCCUCCAAGUCCAACAAGAUGUCCUCUCCCAGAUGCAAACCGCGCGCCCGCUCUUCGCCUCCUACCUACGGAUCCGCAGCCUUCACAACACCACCACCACCUCGAACUCGCCGGAGCUCAGCUCCGCGCGCUCCGAUCUAGAAUCCGCGCUCACGACGCUCGCCGAGGACCUGGCCGACCUGGUGGAGUCGGUGCGCGCCGUCGAGUCCGAUCCGGCCGCCUUCGGGCUGUCGGCGCACGAGGUCGCGCGCCGGAAGCGGUUGGUGCAGGAGGUUGGGGGCGAGGUCGAGGAUAUGCGCGAGGAGCUGCAUAAGCAGACCGCUGCCACCUCAUCAGCAGCGGCAAAGGCGGCCGCGGCGAAAGCGGCCGCGAACGGCGACCUCCCGCACCCGAGCGCGUUCGCGAUCGAUUCCCACAGCGGCCCCGGAAUACCAGGAGAGGAGGACGGCGAUAACUACGGCAACGACAACUACGCCGAAUUCGAGCAACAGCAACAAUUAGCCCAGAUGCGCGACCAGGACGAGGCGCUGGACGGCGUGUUCGUGACGGUGGGCAACCUGCGGCGGCAGGCCGACGUCAUGGGCCGCGAGCUGGAGGAGCAGCGCGAGAUGCUCGAGGAAGUCGACACGCUGGCCGACCGCGUCGGGGGCCGCCUGCAGACCGGCGUGCGCAAGCUCGCCUACGUCGCGCGCAAGAACGAGGACCGCUGGAGCGGGUGCUGCGUCGCGCUGCUGAUUGCUGUGCUUAUUAUACUGCUGGUUUUGCUUCUGGUACUGUAA